AAGGAAGCCUGCUCGCACAUAUCGCCAGCAGGCAGCCAGCGCGGCUCCAGUGAGGAUGAGCUGCGUGCGGCGGGAUGUCGAGCGUUGCUCGGACAGACGCGAAGGAAAUGUCGAUCUCGUUAGCUCGUAACCUCGUUCGAGUUGACGGCCGGCAGUGUAUCCGGACACGAAGGAUGGUUUGUUCCUUUUUAAGAGCUGACAAAACAGAAGCGAAGUGAGUGAAGCGAUGAUGAACUCAGGCAUGCACAAGCCACCUGUGGCCCCUAAACCAAAGCUGGUGCAGCCCCAGAGGCCAGGGCUUUCUCCCUCAACCCCCAGAAGAAACGGCCUCUCUCUCCCUUCUCCUGGCGAACAGAGAAGGGUUAAACCAGUACUGGCCCCCAAACCUUGCCUCUCCAAACUCACCACUGCUUUGGAAUCCAAACCUCUGGCUUCAAAGAGCCUGCACGAAACAUCUAUAACAGAAAACCCUCAGACCGUUGGUCUACUGAACUCCCAAAAUGGAAUACAGCAAGAAAACAAAAAGCCAGAUUGGGAUUAUAUUAUUCCUAUUUGCUUGUGUAGCCAGGAAAACUGCCAGUGCAUCAAGAACACAUCACCAAGCAGAGACAAAAUGGAGAAAGAGUUGAAUAUAUCGCGUAAGGGUAAAACUGAGGAAAACAGAAAGCUUCUCCCUACAUCUCGAGGUACUGUGGACAGUAGAGAGAGAACAGACACUGCUAAAAGCCAGGUGGUGAGCGCUAACCCUCCACAAAAUGUUUGUCUACAGCCUGCCUCCACCAAUACCCACCUCAUUAACAAUAAACCUCUACAAGAGAUGCUGACUUUAGACAAAAAUCUUAACGCAGACAUCAGUACCUCCAGUCCUGUGGUGAACGAUAGGCCGUCUCUUCCCCACAGAACAUGGAGCGACGAGGCAAAUGGUAACGUAAUACCACAGAGUGCAGCUGGGCGAGGUCAGGAGGAAGAUGCUCUUGGCUCAGAGCAAAUAUCUUGCAUGCCCCAACCCAAACCAGUCCCAGCAGCCCCUAGGAAACCCGUCCCUGUACCACGGAAACCCAGGACAGCUGCUCUGGUUCUUCAGGAAAAGGUGGAGGAGGAGAGGGAAAAGAUUAUAAGCCGGGAAGGGAGGGAAAUUAACGUCAAAGAGGUGAAGGUGUCAUCAGAGGGGAAGGACAGCUCAUCCCUUUCUGUCAGUGUACCUGUUAAUAAAAACAAGCAGCCGAUUGUUCUUUCUGCGAGAAAAGCCUGUGCUCCACCAGUCCCUCCACCCAAGAAAAAGCCUUUUCUGUCUGCACCUGAGAAAGUGCACACCUCUGCUCCUGAGACACUGCCAACGGAUGUGGAGGAGGAAGAUCUGGGUUGGGACAGCAGCAUCUAUGAGAUGGAGAUAUCAGUUGACAAGGAGGAUGAGGCGGUGGAGGAGGAGAUGGAAGGAAAGGAAGAUCAGGAGGCAGUCUACAGCAACCUCGCACAUUGUCCUCCUUCUAGCAGUUCGCUCAAUCAGCCGGAGAUCAGCCAGCGUCCUGCCAUCACUCUAGCAGCAGAGGAUGGGGCGGUCAAGGUGCCUCCAAAGAAGCCCCAGAGACACAGCAGCCCGAUGGCAUGCACACAGAGGAAGGAAUCCGCCGAGGAGAAAGAACAGGGGAAAUUAGGGGAUAAUGAGAAAAGGCAGGUCCUUCCCAGACAAGAUUGUGUUUUGAAGGAGAGAGUGAUGAGGGAGCUGCCUUUGCCUUCAGAUGAGAAAACGAGCGGAAGACUCUUAACAGCUGGAAUCAUCAAGCCUUCACGUUCCAGCCUGGGCAAACAGAGAGCCAAGUCGUUCUCGGGUGCUGACCUCACUUGCUCUGACGGACAGAGGAGGAACUCUUUCCGGAAACUGCUGGACUUGAAGCUCUCGGUGAAGAUGCUGCCCAAGCUGAUAGCAAAAGGAGGCCAGUCCCCAGACUGCACUGCGAAUGAUGACGAACCAAGUGUGGACAAGGACCAAGAUGCAUGUCAGAGCUUCCCCGAGCAUCUCAGAUCCGAACGUAAAUUCUCCUGCCCUCUGAUUGGAGUAGAGCAAAGCGUGGACGGAGAUGAUUUUUCUCCUGGAAUAGAUCAAGCUGUUCAUUAUGAGAACAUCCCUCACUAUGAGGAGAUACCAGACUACAUGAACUUUUGUGUGGGACAGACAGGAUCAUCUCCUCGGGCCUCCUCCUCACAGCCUACAGCGUGGGACAGCGAAAUGUAUAGUGACGAGGGCAUUUACGAGGAGCAGGAGCCAUAUAUGUCCUUUGAGAAAAACACUCGACACAAACAGUAUCAGACACCAACAGACUAUGAAAGAAGGUCUGCCAAUGAGGAAGUGGCACCCCUGGGUGAAGGCCCCUCGGAUGAUGAUGUUGCAGCCAGCACCUCGUCCUCGGGUGAGGAGGAUGAGGACGAUAGCAGCUCCAUCUCAAGUAAAGGAGACCCUGAGCAACCAGAGGAGAGUGCGACGCAGAGUGGACAGAAGAAGAGCAAGAUUCACCACAUCGCUACAGAAAUCAUGAGCUCUGAGAGUGUGUUUGUUGAUGUCCUGAAGCUGCUUCAUGUUGACUUCCGUGAUGCCGUGUCUAAAGCAUCUCGUCAGAAUGGGAAGCCUGUGAUUGAGGAGCGUCCUCUCAACCAGAUCCUGUAUUACCUCCCACAACUCUACGAACUCAACCAAGACUUGCUGAGAGAGCUGAAGCACAGAUUGGCCAAAUGGGAUGAAAAUGCGCAGCUAGCAGACAUUUUCCUGAAGAAAGGGCCCUAUCUGAAGAUGUACUCCACAUACAUCCGCGAGUUUGACAAGAAUGUGGCUCUGCUGGAAGAGCAGAGUAAGAAGAACCCAGCAUUUGGAGCUGUAGUACGGGAAUUUGAGGCCAGUCCACGCUGUGCCAACUUGGCUCUGAAGCAUUACCUACUCAAGCCCGUUCAGAGGAUUCCACAGUAUCAGCUGCUGCUCACAGACUAUCUGAAAAACCUGAAUGAAGACUCAGAUGAUUACAAGGACACACAGGCUGCCCUUGCUCUGGUAAAAGAGGUGGCCAAUCACGCCAACGACAUCAUGAAACAUGGGGAUAAUUUCCAGAAGCUGAUCCAGGUGCAGUGCAGUCUGAAUGGCCACCAUGAGAUAGUCCAGCCUGGGCGGAUCUUCCUGAAAGAGGGUGUCCUGAUGAAGCUGGCCAGGAAGGUCAUGCAGCCCCGAAUGUUCUUCCUGUUUAAUGACACGUUGCUGUACACCACUCCUGUUCAGUCAGGCCAGUACAAGCUCAACAACAUGCUGUGUCUGGCUGGGAUGAAGGUUAGCAAACCAAGCCAAGAGGCCUAUCAGAAUGAGCUGAACAUUGAGAGUGUGGAGCGCUCCUUCAUUCUCUCUGCAAGUUCAGCCACAGAGCGGGAUGAAUGGCUUGAGGCCAUUUCCACAGCGAUCGGUGACUACACCAGGAAGAAGAUCAGUUUUAUAUCUGGCAAACCUCCAGAAGAGGCAGAACUGAGGGAUAGUAGUGAUGGUGCUCCUUUGGGAUCCAAGGCCCCAAUAUGGAUCCCUGACCCGCGCACCACCAUGUGCAUGAUCUGCACCUGUGAGUUCUCUCUAACGUGGAGGAGACACCACUGCCGUGCAUGUGGAAAGGUGGUGUGCCAGUCCUGUUCCUCCAACAAACACUGUCUUGAAUACCUAAAGAACCAGUUAGCACGAGUGUGUGACCAGUGUUUCCUUGUUCUUGUGCAGCAGAAAAGUGAAAGGUCCCUAUCAGCAGCUGUAUCCCCAGGAAGCAGAACUACCUUUGCUUUCUCUAGGAAGCAGAAGAAGAUACCUGCGGCGCUCAAAGAGGUGUCAGCAAACACAGACAACUCCUCCAUGAGUGGAUAUCUGCAGAGGUCCAAGGGCAAUAAGAAGCAGGGGAAGAGGCUGUGGUUCGUCAUCAAAGACAAAGUCUUGUACACGUAUGCUGCAAGUGAGGAUGUUGCAGCCUUAGAGAGUCAGCCCCUGUUAGGAUUUAUGUUGAAAGUAGAUUCAUCUCAGAAGUUACAGUUUAAGCUCUACCACAAAAACACACUUUAUUACAAUUUUAAAGCUGAUGACGUACAAACAGCCCAGAGAUGGAUCAACUCAUUCAAAGAAGCCACUGUACUUUAGUACCUUCAGACCAUGUGUGAAGUUAUUCAACAUACUUUCUUGCCCUUGCCUGAAAAUGUUUUACCUCAGUGCUCUCUUCUGCAAAAAGCACCUGGAGACACCAUAUUAGUUGCAUUGAAAUUAAAUACACACAUAUUUUAUUGCCUUUAUCAGAUUUACUGUAGUUACCUUUUACAUUAUUUUCAGAGCACUCCUGUGAAGGUUGUAAUUACCCAUUUUGUUUUUGUAUGUCAACGUGAAUCUUUUCCACCAGGUUUUAUGUAGUUUUGGCUACAUCUUAAGAAUUAUUCCACUACCAUCUGUAGCCAUUUUAGACUUUUGAGCUCUGAUUUUGUCACCACAUUUUUAUUUAAUUGUCUAGGAACCUGCUUGGAUCUCCAUUGCACAGAUUUGUCAAUAAAAGCCCAUUGUCUAUAGAUUUGUAAUAAAAACUUUCAUAUCAUUUUGAUCCAUAUUUACCCAAUAAUCAUCAGUGGUCAAAACAAAUCAUGUAGAUGUUUUUUUGUUUUUUGGGAAUAAUUGCUUUAUUUCACAAUUGUGAAGUUGGCUAUGGAACACAAGAUGUGCACUUUCACCUUACAUUAUUAAGCCUUUCUGUAACUUUGAGUAUCAACUAAAGUCUUAAUGGUGUAUUAGGGGAAUAGUCACUGUUUGGACAUAUACUAACUGUACUUUGACAAAACUGUACCAAAAUGUGUUUUGCACUUAAGUCACUCAAAUGGCUGUAAAUAGAUUAUAUCCCUACACGCUUAUCAUCUGUAAAUAUAGAUGGUUGUAAAUGAAAUGUUAUCAAAUUUCCAUGAAUCUUGUUUUUACUUCUUUUUUGUUUAACUUUUUCUUUUGUCAUGGUCAGUUGAGCAAAGAGGAACAAACAAUUUGCCUUUGCAUUUAAAAUAGUGGAAGAGCAAUGUGUUUUAGUAGUCAGCAAAUGGGGAAAUAAAUAAUAUGAAUACUUGUGUUGCUGUAACUGAAUAGCUUUUCACAUAGAUGAUAUUUUUAAGUAUUAAUGAAAUACUGUACUUAGAAAUCACAUCCAUUUCAGUGUUAAAACUUGGUUGCUGUUGCAGGAAGACCAGUAAUUAUGUAGCUGCGGAGCCCUGAAGAGCCACUGAAGAGCAUGAAGUUGAUUGGACAUUGUUCAUUGUAUUAUCU